AUGAGUACUACACUCAAACUUCUCUCAGCUCUUCAGCAGCAACAAAGGCUCAGAUGGGGUCAAACAAUGACCCUUAGAACUUCAGCACGUUUACUUAAACGAGAUGUCAUGAAUCUAGGCAAACCUACAGGGGGUGCAAAGACAGAUAAAGUCUUCACCAAACGAAACUGGCAGUUACCUCCAGAGACGAACGGAGGAAAGCGAAAGGCGCCUAAAAGAGACUGGAGCCGUCCGGCAGAUAUGCACCCUGAAAAGUACCCUGAGGAAUCAGUCAAGGUACAUGAGCGUCAUAUUACCCGAUUUACAAAAUCUGCGCCCAAAAAAACAGAAACAGUAGCUCAAAAGAAGGAGCGAAAGAAGACAGAGGAAGAAUUGGCUGCUUUGGCCAAGGAGGAAGCGAAACAGCGUAAAUAUAUUGAGGAAAGAAAGGCGAAACAAAAGGCAAAGGAGAGAAGGGAGAAUCAACAAGUGAGGGAUGUGUAUAUACCUGAAGUGAUCAAUGUUGCCAAUUUGUCACGAGUCUUGGGAGUUAGGUUUGAACAAGUGGUCAGAACCAUGGAAGAGCUUGAUAUGGGAAAUACUUCGCAUGACCGCAUGCUUCAUGCGGAUGAAUCGAGUCUUAUUGCCAUGCAACUGAAUAUGAAUCCAAUUGUAGAUGCUAAGCAAUCACUUGAUCUUUAUCCGAGACCACCCGUAGAAGAUCCGGCACUGUUGAAAGAUCGACCCCCCAUUGUGACGAUUAUGGGUCAUGUUGAUCACGGAAAAACAACCUUACUGGACACGCUUCGAAAAUCAUCCGUAGCCGCAGGAGAAGCAGGGGGGAUUACUCAGCACAUUGGUGCAUUUUCAGUCAAACUUCCUUCUAACAAGACGAUUACCUUUUUGGAUACUCCCGGUCACGCAGCCUUUUCGGCCAUGAGACAAAGAGGAGCUAAAGUGACAGAUAUCGUUGUUUUGGUUGUAGCUGCGGAUGAUGGGGUGAUGCCUCAAACGAUAGAAGCCAUCCAACAUGCUCAGACAGCCAAUGUACCCAUCGUUGUAGCUAUCAACAAGUGCGAUAAGCACGGCGUCGAUCCUUCUCGGGUAAAGGAGGAAUUGGCACGGUAUAAUGUUCAUUUGGAGGAAAUUGGCGGUGAUGUACCCUGCGUUGAGGUCUCUGGAUUGACUGGAAAAAAUUUGGACCAACUGGAGGAAACGAUCGUGACGCUUUCAGAAGUGCUUGAACUAAAGGCAGAAAGAGUGAACACGGCAGAAGGCGUAGUGAUUGAAUCACAAAUUGAAAAAGGAAGAGGUAAUGUGGCUACGGUACUUGUACAGAGAGGCACACUCAAACCAGGUGCGGUCAUCGUCGCCGGUCAGACAUGGUGCAAGGUUCGUUCUAUGGUCGAUCAUCAGGGAAAAGCAGUAAAAGAAGCAACACCUGGUAUGCCUGUCAAGGUGAUUGGUUGGAAAGAUGUUCCUCACGCAGGAGACGAAAUGCUUCAAGCAGAGGAUGAAAGUGUGGCUAAAACUGUAGUUGAUAACCGUGUUGCACGACAUCAGCGUGAGAAACAGCUCCGUGACUUAGAAGUCAUCAAUGAUAAGAGAAGACUGCAAAAAGAGCAGUUGGAGCAAGAACGACUGAUAGAAAAAGCGUAUCAAAAGGAGAUGUACAUGUAUCAGCGCGGUCUGACUGAUGUUGCACCUGUUUCCCUAAAUAAGCGAUUAAGUGAGAUACAAACGAAAAGUCAAGAUAAUGGAGACAAUCCUGUCGAAAAUGAAGUCCUGGAACUCCGAGCUGUUGUGAAAGGCGACGUAAGUGGUACAGUUGAGGCUGUAGUGGAUUCAUUGUCAGGGUUACAAAACAAACAGAUCAGAGUCAAGGUGGUUCAUAGUGGGGUCGGUAAUAUAACUGAAGGUGAUGUUCAGCUAGCCGCAGCUUGUGAAGGAAGAGUCAUCGGAUUCAAUGUCAAGGCUGAUAAAAGAAUUCAAGCCGAGGCUGCAAGAAUCGGAGUGCCAGUGAGAUCUUAUUCGAUCAUUUACAAGCUGCUGGAAGAUGUUAAAGAACAGUUGAGUGAUAUGUUACCGCCGAUCAUUACCCAACAAGUCGUUGGUGAGGCUGCGGUAUUACAGAUUUUCGAUAUCAGUAUCAAGGGAAGAGAAACUCGCCCUGUUGCUGGCUGUCGAGUGACAAACGGUGCAAUUCAUCGCAAUGGUCGAGUGAGAAUAGUACGUAAUAAAGAGACCAUAUGGGAAGGACAAUUGGAUGCACUACGUCAAGUGAAGAAGGACAUUAUGGAGGCAAAGAAAGGUUUGGAGUGUGGUAUUUCCUUUGAUGGAUUCAAUGAAUUUAAACCAGGCGAUAUUAUUCAAUCCAUAGAAACUAUAGAAACAAAGCAAAAAUUAUAA